CAUAUUAUUUGUACCUAGAAUGAUGCUCAAUUUAUAAAUUGUAUUUUGUUUUAAAAAAGAGCCAUUGUAUACAUCUAAAUCAAAAUUGAUCCAGGAAAAAAGUACGAUGGCAAUGAAUCUUGUAAGAAAUGUAUGGCCAACAAAUCUGAUUAAAUCAUCAUCAGCAAUUAUUAAUACAUCAGUAAAUCGAUUCUUUAGUGAUAUUCAAUCAACAAGCAAAAUAUGUUUCGAAUUAAAUGAUGAACAAACAAGUAUGAUUGAAAUGGUGGAAAAAUUUACUCGAGAAGAAAUUAUACCGAAUGCAAAUAAAUAUGAUAAAAGUGGUGAAUUUCCCUGGGAUAUAGUGAAAAAAGCUCAUAAAUUAGGUUUGAUGACACAUGGAAUACCGGUAGAAUAUGGUGGUCUUGGUCAAUCAUUAUUAACUCAUUGUAUUGUUGGAGAAAAAUUGGCUUAUGGAUGUACUGGUAUUUCAAGUGCUGUUGGAAAUAAUAUUUUACCACAAGCACCUAUUAUUUUGUUCGGUAAUGAUGAACAGAAAAAAGAAUAUCUUGGCCGAUGUGUUGCCGAACCAAUUGUUUGUGCAUAUGCAGUGACAGAACCAGGUGCCGGUUCUGAUGUUGCUGCAAUUCAAACACAAUCGGUUAAAAAUGCUGAUGGUGAUUGGGUUAUUAAUGGUCAAAAAAUGUGGAUAACAAAUUCUGGUCAUGCUAAUUGGUUUUUCGUAUUAACACGUUCGAAUCCAGAUCCAAAAGCCAAAGCAUCGGAAGCAUUUACCGGUUUUAUUGUUGAUGCUGAUACACCUGGUCUAACAGUUGGCCGUAAAGAAUGGAAUAUGGGUCAACGUUGUUCCGAUACACGUGGUGUUACGUUUGAAAAUGUUGUUGUGCCUAAAAAGAAUCUUGUCGGAGCUGAAGGUAAAGGAUUUCUUUUAGCUAUGAAAGCAUUCGAUUUGACAAGACCACCAGUUGCAUGUGCUGCUGUUGGUUUGGCACAACGUGCAUUAGAUGAAGCAACACAAUAUUCAUUACAACGAUCAUCAUUUGGUAAGCCGAUUGCUCGACAUCAGGCGAUUCAAUUUAUGUUGUCCGAUAUGAUUAUGGGCAUAAAUACCUCAAGAUUAGCCUAUAUGAGAGCUGCAUAUGAAUUCGAUCAAGGACGCCCUAAUACAUAUUUCGCUUCCAUUGCUAAAUGUUUAGCAGGUGAUGUAGCGAAUAAAUGUGCAACGGAUGCUGUACAAAUAUUUGGUGGUGCCGGUUUCAAUACUGAAUAUCCGGUAGAGAAAUUAAUGAGAGAUGCAAAAAUAUUUCAAAUCUAUGAAGGUACUGCUCAAAUUCAACGAAUGAUUAUUGCACGCGAACAUUUUCGUCAAGCUAUGGGAUAAUGUUUUGGUUCGAUGAGUUUUUAUUUCGUUUUGAUUUCCUAAUUUUUCUUUAAUUUGUGGUUGUUAUAUGAUUAAAUCUAAUUAUU